ACUCGACCACGUGACUGUAUAACUAAGUGAAAAGUAAUUAACCGGACAGCUGAUUGUUAAUCUGAGUCAAAAUCGCCGCGCCUCAAGUUGUAAAAAGUCAUUGUGGAGAAAACUCAUCCUGAGAGUGCAGGACACCGAUACAGUAAACGAAUUUCGGGUUUAUAUCGAAUUGUUUAUACUGUAUUUUUGAAAUCUGAACCAUCAGAGUGGCAAGAAGAAUCGGUUGAUGAUCCGCACCGCGACUGGUCAGUCACUUGGCUACCUUUAGCGUUGGAAGUAAGCGGUGAUGACCCUCUCUGAAGGCACCAGCGCCAGCCAUAUGUCAGCACAACCGGCCAUCACCUCUGAAGAUGCGGACAUCGAUGUCGUUGGCGAGGGCGACGAGGAAUUGGGCGUGGACAGCGACUGCGACUGCCAGGGAGACCUAGGAGGCAUGCAGGAGAUCGGGGUCACGGGGAUGACAGGUAACUCGUGUGAAUACGAGAGAGCAGGCGAUGGGGAGAGUACUGGAAACGAGCAGGGGUGUGCGUCAGGUUCGACACAGAAGAAGCCGAAAAGCAGCUUGGUAAAGCCGCCGUAUUCCUACAUCGCGCUCAUAACCAUGUCCAUCCUCCAGAGCCCGCAAAAGAAACUGACUCUUAGCGGUAUCUGCGAGUUCAUCAGCAACCGGUUUCCGUACUACAGAGAGAAGUUUCCAGCCUGGCAGAAUUCGAUACGACACAACUUGUCCCUCAACGACUGCUUCGUCAAAAUCCCAAGGGAGCCGGGAAAUCCUGGCAAGGGUAACUACUGGACGCUGGACCCACAGUCGGAAGAUAUGUUUGAUAACGGCAGCUUCCUAAGGAGACGGAAAAGAUUUAAGAGGCACCAGCCAGAUAUACUCAGAGACCAGACCACCAUUCUGAUGCAGACUUUUGGGCCAUACAACGUUGGGAAUCCGUACGGUCGUCAUUAUGGGAUGCCUCCACCAGCUUUCUCUCCUGCCGCCGGUUUGCAGUACCCAUUUAUUCCGUCUCUGACUGCGAUGCUUCCACCUGCUCUGCCGCUUUUAUCCUCCGCUGAAUUGAGCCGAAGGCCGUACAGUCCUCCGGCCACGCCGAGCAUUCAUCUGCGGCUGGAUGGUGCACGGACGGCGUCAGGCACGAAGGCAGCGCACCCCAGAAGGCCAUCAUUUAGCAUAGAAAACAUAAUCGGGGCAUCAAGCACUUCGUCCGAUCCACAGACAAUCACCCGGCCCCCGGGAGCCAUUCAGUCCGCCUUACUGAGCGCACAGUCGCUGAUGAUAUCCCGGACGUCACCAGCUCUUACACCCGUUUUCAGCGUGCCGACGAACAUUAUUUCUGCACAGUUUUUACCAACAGUCUCCAAUGCACCGACGUCGAAAUGGCAUUCUUCAUAGUUGUUUUUAAUCAAUAACAACCAAUUACAAUGAUAUAUGCCUACAGGAAGCACUGGCUCUAACUAUACAGGCUCUAAAUAUAUGGGUACACUUUAUGUGAAGAUGAAUUGUAAAUAUUUGUAAGAAAGUGUUUUUUUAUUUAGUUUGACUAAAAAGGAGAAUUUUAAAUAAAAAUGUUCAUAAGAGUUUAAAUUUUGUUUUGUAUAUCCAUAGUAUUGUAAAUGCCACCUAUUAAUAAAUGAGACUAUAAGGGCUCCAGAUACGCAGGACAUUCGCGUGGUUCUGGACAGUUUGAGUUGGGAGUUUCGCGGCUGCGGGCCGAAGACAAAUAUCCUGCUUUAUCCGGAAACACGGUCAUCGUUACUUUAUAUUGGAUGCCAGUAUAUAAGACACCCAGCCCUGAAAUGUAACUACGGUAAAAUAUGAUUUAAAAAUAAAACGCAAGAACCUCAGGUGAACUAUAGCUUAUAUAAUCAGAGGCAGUGUGUCUAUUAGGGGGUUAUAUUCCAUGUUCACCAAACAGCACAGAGAACAUUAAUGCCGACAUAUCCCCAGUUACAGUGGUAAUAAAUCCUUCACAUAAACAAUAAUUGUUAGUUGCAAAUUCGUACAGUUUUAUACGUGUACGAAUGAAAAUGGCGACAAUAAUUCAAUAAAACACGUAUUUUCCCAGCUAGAGUACAGUUUUGUUACAGUGCAAAGCGGUGAGUUUAAUACGACCAU